AGUCCUGACGGUGGCCAUUAUAUACAGGUUCGAAUGUGGAUCGCUACAAAUUGAAAUAGUCUUCAGUAGCAAUUACUGUCCAAUACCCUAGUCGCAAAGGCUUUCCCGUUCGUAGUUUUCGAAUUUUGAUCGGCCAGUGGUCUAGCAUCAGGAAGGAAAGAAAGUGUGACUUCUUCCGUUCCUGUAUAAAGGCUAGUAUUUGCUUGAGUAGAGAAAAGUGAGAAUCUCUUUCCAGUGCAUUGAGUUCAGGAUUCCUUUUAAAAGUUCUAACAGAAAGGAGAAAAACUUAAUCGUCGCGAACGUGAAUUCAGUUUGCGUUAGUCAGGGCGCACGCGUUACACUAUCGUCACGCAAUAUAUUAUUUCCGCCAAAUGUAUGAAAGCUCCCGUAUGAUCUUUCCCACCUGGGCGCCCUCGUGUGUUUUGGGUUUCGCUUUCGAGGUCUUUCAAAACCCAACGCGGUGUUAUUCGUCAGAAGUGUUUGGAGUUGAAUCGCAUCGUAGAAGCGAUCUGGAAUGGAUUCUAAAUACUCACCACUAGAUCUUCCCGUGAGCGAAGGCAAGGAUAUGGGCGAACGAAGACUGAUUUACUCGUUUGGCAAAGAAGAACAUGCCAGACUUCUUUUCAAUAACCUCUGCGAGAUGCAGGCUAAGGAAGGGCUCUUGACGGACGUAGUAGUGCGCUCUACAUCGAAAGAUCACGAAGAGCCGUUCCACUCCAUGCUACUUGCAGUAUGCAGCCCAGUUAUCAAACAGAGUCUUACAGGAGAGCACUUUGAUUGUACCACGGGGAUUAUUUCCUUAAAAGAUUGUACCGCAGAGGUGCUUAAGGCCUUUCGCGAUUUCCUGUAUCAGGCCGAGUUCCCUCAAGACGAAGGAUUGCUGUAUCCCCUGAAAGCGUUUGCCGAGAGGUACGGCAUCGAUUCUCUGCAAAUGAUGUGUCAAGGAGAAGAACAUAAGGAUCAACAUCGCGCACUCUCGCAGCUGUAUGGCAUGUUCCAAAAAUCAGAGUUGACAACUACUUUGUUGGAAGAUGGGGAAGGCAACACACAGUUUGCUGUCCAUGGACCACUCAUUGCAGCAGCGUCGCCAGUGUUGAGGCAAAUUCUCUCAAAUGAACUGUUCUCUCAAGAAGGGACUAAGUAUCGCCUGAAAGAAGUCUCCUCAAGCAUCUUAGGAGAUCUUAUAGAGUACAUAUACACUGGUGACAUCACACUGGAAAAAGAGAACGUGGUUGGUUUACUUAAUGCAGCUUGCCGUUAUGAGAUUCCCGCGCUUGCCAGACCUUGUUGUGAUUGGCUGAGUCUGCAGCUGGAUUCCCAUAACGCGGUCGGUAUUUUAUGGCUAGCGAGGAAAGAUGAGAGUAUAUACACCAAAGAUCUUGAAGAGGAAGCCAAAGCCUUUAUCAUCGCCCACUUUAGAAGCGUUUACGAAGAAGACGAAUUCGAUGAGCUUGAGUAUGAAGAUCUGAAAGAAGUCAUACAACAUGAUGAUCUCUGUGUGGAAUCUGAAGGAGAUGUGUUCGAUGCUGUUGCUAAAUGGGUAGAAGCGGACGAAGACGGGCGUUCACCUUACAUGGAGGUUCUACUGCAGUGUGUUCGGCUGAGCCUCACAAGUCUGGAGUUUUUAGACUAUCUGCAAGAACAUCCCCUCAUUGUGAAGUCCGCACGUUGUCUUGAAAUUGUCCAGAAUGCUCGAAGAAAGCUAGCCGAAGCCCGUUUCUAUCAGGAAGCCACAGACAGAGGAUCAUUUGAUAGCCUCCAGGAUGCUCUUUUCCAAACUGACGACAUCCCAGAAGAAUUCCAGCCGACUGAACCAAGCAAUCCAGAUUUAGAAGUCUCUCCACGUACGGGCCGAAGGAAAAAUGGAAAGCCUGACCUGAGGUUGAAAGAAAACAGACGAUCUUUAGGACUGAAGAAGAAAGAUGGAUCCCCGGAUAUGAGGUUUAAGAUCAACAAAGAACAGCGGCCACUGAAAAAGGACGGCACACCUGAUAGAAGAUUCAAAGUAAACAAAGACGCUGUUACCCAGGCAUCUUCCCAGAAAAGUUCAAAGUCGUCUCCAAAAGAAAGCACUCCAAGCUCUGGCCCUGUCAAAAAAGAUGGUACACCAGACAUGCGUUUUAAAGUGAAUAAGAGUCCCCAAGCGAAGAUACCUUCAUCUGGCAGUGUGUCAUCGCCUGUGAAGCGAGAUGGAACACCCGACAUGCGUUUUAAAGUGAAUAAGAGUGCCCAAGCAAAGAUACCUUCAUCUGGCAGUGUGGCAUCGCCCUUGAAGCGAGAUGGUACACCCGACAUGCGUUUUUCUGUGAACAAACAAUCCAGCAACCCGGUGGUUUCAUCGCAAACAAGCAAUCCAGCUCCACGAUCAUCGUAUACAGCUGGUCCAGUUAAGAGGGAUGGGACCCCAGACAUGAGGUAUGCUGUAAACAAGCAGUCUGCCUCUCCUUCUCCUUAUAGCAGCUAUGGAGGAAGCACACUAUCACAGCUGUCAUCCUAUAGCACUCCAAGCGGUCCAGUUAAGAGGGAUGGAACCCCAGACAUGAGGUAUGCUGUAAACAAGACAUCUUCUGGAAGUCUGUCUUCAGGGUACUCUUUUGGUGGGUCAAGCUACAGCUCUAGAUCAUCUUCCAGGGGAAGUGUUUUCGGAUCAGGUUCCUGUGGUCCAUUGAAGAGUGAUGGUACUCCAGACAUGAGGUAUGCUGCAAACAGGUCCUCCUAUUCACCUAGUGGUGCAAGCUACAGCUCUAGGUCAUCUUCCAGUGGCCUUAGCUAUGGGUCCAGUUCCUGUGGUCCGCUGAAGAGUGAUGGCACUCCAGAUAUGAGGUUCAAAGCCAAUAGGCGAUAGUUAAAACCUGAACUGUACAACUUACUUCAAGUUGGUACCAUUUAAGUGUCGGUUUUUGUUGACUAUUGUUGAAUUACUAGCAGACAAUAGGUUUUACUGAGCAUCCUCUUUAUCAGUGUAUAGAAGGAUGCGGUGAACUAGUAGUUUUGGUGUUUUCCUGCUUUGUGAAAAAAAAUUGUUUUUUUUUUUGUACUUAAAGCUUUGUAGGGCUCAACAGUACGGUCAGUUUCGAUUAUAACUUUCACAGGAGGCUUGACUUCUGGAAACGUUCACAAGGGAAUUGUUAAGGCUUAGCUGUGAUGCCGUGUGCAACGACAGAGUUGGAGUACUUCGUUUGAUGUAAACCGCUGACAGUUACAGUGACUUUGUAUUACAUGAACUCAUGUCAACUAGGAAAUGUACCUCAGUAGAAUAAUCGUAGUCUUGUAAACAAGAGAACUUGGGUUUGGUGCAUUUUUAGCUUGAAGGUUCGCAAGCCGUUCAGUUUGUAGUUUCAGUUCAUUAUUAGUGCUGGGCAUUUAUGUUUGAUCUUCGUGAUUUUUCCUCUUAAAUUUACAUAAUUGCCAAUAGCGCAAGCUCAUCUGGUAAUAAACGCAUUGUAAGUUUUCAGAGUGGACUGCUCCAGUUGCUAGUUUAUUCUAUGGCAACUUGUUUUUAGAAUUUGCUUCAACGUCAAUAGAAAAUGCUUAUAAAUAAUGAA